GACCGCGGCGGGGACGGGGGAUUAUUUGCCGUGCGGGCGGCCGUUGGAACCGGGGCGGGAGGGGCAGGCGGAGGCGGCGGGGAGGGGAGGCGGAAGGCCGAGGGGAGGGGAGCGGGGUCAGCGGCGGAGGCGCGCUUCCUCCUCAGCCCGGCCGCAGAGAGGGAUGGAGGGAGCCGGGAUGGGGCGGGGGGAGGGCGCCGCCCCGUGAGGAGAAAGGGGAGGGCCGGGGGGAGGGGGCGCCCGGAAAGGCUUCCGCUCCGCCGCCGAACGCGGGCCCCGAUCGGGCCUCCUUCCUCUCCCCGCGCGACCCCGGGUUCCGCUGAGGCGCGCUCACACGAGAUCGGGCGCCACGCCGCUGCCUGCUUGCGGCCACCCUCUCCCCUGCCUUUCACGGCAGCAGCCAGCAGUAUGGUAGAGAAGCGGUGCCCACGGCUGCAGAGAGAGAGUGUGUACCGUUGGUUCUCUGAGCUGCCGUCUCCUCAACGGGUGGAGUUCCUGUGUGGCCUGCUGGACCUGUGCAUCCCCCUCGAGCUGCGCUUCCUGGGCGCCUGCCUCGAAGACCUGGCGCGCAAGGACUACCACUCACUGAGGGACUCGGAGAUCAAGGCCAACAACCCCGCCGACCUGGGCAGCCUGACCAACCUGACGGAUGAGGUGGUGCGCAGCAAGCUGUUGGUGUCGCUGGCGCUCCUGGGGUCCUCCCACCGGGAGGCGGCAGGGGUCCUCUUCCGGACCCUCACCCACAUCGACUCCGUCAUCCACAACUAUGGACUGCAGCUCAACGAGGGCCGGACUGGGGAUGAGUUCUUGCUGCUCUUCACCAUGGCCUCCAACCAUCCGGCCUUCAGCUUCCACCAGAAGCAGGUGCUGAGACAGGAGCUCACCAAGAUCCAGAGCAUCAUUGCGAGCACCAGCAAGAGCCACGGCCCUUCUGCCAUGAGCCCCAUGGGAACAUGUCCUGGUUGCCACAAGGUCACGCCACGAUCUGAGACCCCCAUAAACAGCGUUGGUAACAGUUUAGAAAAUGCACUACAUACAUCAGCACAUUCCAUUGAGGAUUCAUUACCCAAGAGGCCUUCAGGGAAACACUCCAAAGUGAGUGUUGAAAAAGUGGAACUCAAGGGAUUAUUGCACAAGAAGAAUGAUAGGAGCAUGGAAUAUUCCUUUGAGGUCUUCUGGUCCGAUUCUUCAGUGACAUUGGUAACAAAGUCUUCUGCAGAAGUGACUGAAUUUGUUUCAAAGUUAUGUCAGCUGUAUCCAGAAGAAAAUUUGGAGAAAUUCAUUCCUUGCCUAGCCAGUCCUGAUUCAUUUUACUUGGAAAGAAACCACAUGGACCUAGAAUCGGACCUUAGAUAUUUGGCAUCAUUACCUUCCCACGUCUGGAAAAAUGAUCACGUGAAGAAAUUUUUCACCUCUUCGUCUCACUCCCAACAGCUUCAGAGUUCAAGUCCCAGCAGCACUUCCCUUUAUAAAGCAAGCACUACACUGGGAGCUUCUGGAAGACCUGUCUGUGGCGUAGCUGGGAUCCAGUCUUCACAAAAUAACCUCCAGCAUCACGUCCAGCACCCGAACUCGACCCCAGCCGCACUCCCGCACUGCUCACAUUCAGGUGGGGCUGGAUCCUCGCUAGCCUGCCGCUCCCAGCUGGAGAAUUCUUCGUCUGUGUUAAUGACUCCCAGUCCUCAGAUCCCCCAGGCCCAGGAGCAAAACGGGAUUUUGGAUUGGUUGCGGAAGCUGCGCUUACACAAGUACUACCCAGUUUUCAAACAGCUCACAAUGGAGAAGUUCCUGAGCCUAACUGAAGAAGAUCUGAACAAAUUUGAAUCCCUCACCAUGGGUGCUAAGAAGAAGUUGAAGACCCAGCUGGAGUUGGAAAAGGAAAAGUCUGAGAAAAGGACCCUGAACCCAGCAGUGUCCCCUUCUGUGAGCAGCAGCGGAGUGGCCAGAGUUCCUCCGACUACUCACGUUGGACCGAUUCAGAGCAUCCGUGGGAACCAUGCAGCAGAGCUACGCGUCGAUGUGGAUCAGCCGUCCACCACAAUCCCCCGGGAAGGAAGCUCUUCUGAAUACUCCAGUUCUUCCUCUAGCCCAAUGGGGAUCCAGACCCGGGAAGAGAGCUCAGACAGCGCAGAGGAGAAUGAGAGACGUGUGGAGGUCCACUUGGAAGCCUCAGAGAAGGAGAAGCCAGCCAUGAUCCUGAAUCACUUCAGUUCCGGUUCAACCAGGCCGACUGCACAGGUCUUACCAGUGCAGAAUGAUGCUGGGUCCAGUCCGUCCGUGCACCACCCCUUGCCCGUGCAAAUGAUGGCCGCAUGCUCCCCACACAUCACCCCCAUUAGGAUACUAAACUCUUUGCACAAGCCAGAGCGGGGGAAUGCAGACAUGAAGCUCCUUUCGUCCUCUAUGCACUCGCUUCUGUCUUUGGACGACCGGACAAAGUUUUCGUCUGGGCCCCCUCGAGGCAGCAUCAAGAUGGAGAAGAGCUUUGGGAACCCAAUCAUGGAUGGGAUGUUACCCUCUCCCCAUCAGCCCCUGCAAGUGCCCUCAGGAGUUCCAGAAAAUGGUUCCUCGGUCCCUUCCGUUAACUUUGGCCCACGCACCAAAGUGGUUCAUGCUUCCAGCCUCGACAGAGGGGUGAAAACAACCCAGCCGCCAGGAAUGAUCGUAGAAACAAGUACCACGGCCACGGCCACCUCCAGCACAGUCUUCCACAUGGCACGGCCACCCAUCAAGCUCCUGGUGUCCUCUUCUGUUCCGACUGAUUCAACGAUUGUGGGGCAAAGUUCCUGCUCCGGCAAUAUGCAAUUCAGCGUGUCUCCAGCAAUAAUCACCCCCCGGACUGCUCUCUACACAGCCAACACCAAAGUGGCCUUCUCUGCCAUGAGCAGCCUGCCAGUGGCCCCGCUGCCCAGUAGCAGCUUCUGUGCAAACAGCAACACUGCCUCCUCCAGCAGCCACCCCUCCACAGCCUUCCCCAACAUCACCAACCUGCCCAGCUGCCCCGCUCCCAGUUCCAGCCCCACGCUUUCCACUGCUGCUGAGAACACGUUCUACAACGGUGGCGGGGGCUCGCCCGGGAGCAUCCCGGUGCCCAGUCAGACCCACCACCAUCACCACCACCACCAUCAGCAGCAGCCGACGCCCAGUUGCAUGGCGUGCAGCUCCUGCGGCUGCAGCGGCAACUGUGGCUCAAGCGGCCUGACUGUCAGUUACGCCAACUACUUCCAGCACCCCUUCCCUGGACCGUCCAUGUUCCCUUUCCCCUUCCUGCCCUUCAGCCCUCUUUGCAGCAACGGCUACGUCAACACACAGCAGUACAACAGCAGCUCCGCAUUCCCUGUGACCCCCUCUCCUUACAACGGUGGCAUGGCGCCAGACUCAGUCAUGAGUGGGCAGUCCACGUUUGCGGUGCCGCCCAUGCAGAGCUUCAUGGCUGGUACGGCAGGGGUGUAUCAGGCGCCAGGGAUGAUGAGCCACGGCAGCGGUGCGGGCCACAAAAAAAGUGGGCACCUGUCCUGUUACAACUGUGGCGCCAGUGGUCACAGAGCCCAAGACUGCAAACAGCCACCAAUGGACUUCAACAGACAAGGUACAUUUAGGCUAAAAUAUGCUCCGCCAGCAGAAAGUCUAGACUCCACAGACUGACGAUAACUCCACAGACUUGCUAUUUUGUGAUGGCGAAAGCCCUGGGCUAAUCAGGAAGCUUCAUAUUGGAACCCGAAAAGUCCACUUGUUGAGCUUAAUGUAUUUUUUUUAAUCCAAAGGUGCUCUACUUCACUACGGUCAGAGGGAACUGACGUUUAGGGGGCUAUUCAACCCACUUUUACCGAUUGCCAAAUUAUAACAUGGAUCUUAAAUGUCGGGCCUUCCAGAUAGCAGGUGAAACUGGCCAAUUAACCCUUUUCUGUUGUACAUCUGCUCCUGCCCUUUUUGCUGAAGAUUGUUGCCAUUACUUGGACCUGUGGGGCUGAAAACUCAAAACUCCCGGGCAGCUAUGUCGGAAUCUGGAACGAGAGCAAGAGGCUGAUGGCAAAUUAGCCAUUUGCGGGCGAACGCUUGACAGGCCAAGGUUUGGCCAAAAUGCCUACUUUUCCUCCAAGCAAAUCAGGCACUGAACUCUGGGAUUUUAAAGGAUUGCACUACAGAAGAAUGUAUAAUUCUGUUCCGAAUGUCUGCGUUUGUAGCAGGCGGGUACACUGAGACCAGUGCAGGAGAGGCACAUUUCCAGCCGUCGAAAAACAGUCACCAGCAGAUGUGAACUUCUAAUAAAGAAAUCUUAAUGCCCUCUCCUCUCUCUUCCAAAAGAACAGUGGUGAAAGUUUCAGUUGACGCUAGAAAUGUUUAUGCUGCUGCUUGUCGGCAUUUAUUCCUGAACAGGACUCGGUUACUAGCAGCAACUUAAAUGUAGUUUCCAGGGGUCUGCGGCCAGAGCUGAAGAUUGUAAAAGAUUGUGGUUUUUUUUUUCCUUUUCAGAAGUUUCUCUUGCUCCCUGACUCCUACGAUCGCGUUGCCCAUAUCUUUGGUUUCCUUUGCAGGAAACAGUACUCUGCCUUAGUAACAAAUUCUAAGCUUUCAAACUGUAGCUGCAGUUUGCAACCUGUUGUUUUACUGAACAUAGCAAAAAUUGCAUAGCCUUUCGCGACUAGCAGAAGUCACUACCCAGGAAAGAGGUGGCAGCUGUCAUUAUAAAGGGUUCCCACCCAGCCUCUUCUAUCGAAAUACACUCUAGAGUAUUCGCUUUGAUGUUAGCUACUGUGUGUGCAUUGCCGCAAACUUCAAAUUAGCUUUGGCUGAAGCCAGCCCGUUGCAUACAGCAGUCUAGAAACAAUACAGAUCUUACAAGCAGGAGGAAAAUCUCUUGCACAAAUGCCACGCGCUACGUUGUUUCAGUGAUAGGGCUGAAACCUAAAACUGCUGUGCCCACAGGUGAUGUUACAUAAACUGGGGUGGUUCUGGCAAAUGAAUAUGGUCAACGGCAGCUGUUGGGCAUUAGCCAAGCCUCCUUUCUGCAAGUAUAUGUGGUACUAGAAUACAUGCUCUGUUGCUGGGUAUGACAGGGGCCAUCAUAACUAGAUACAUAAUGUGGGUGGCAGUAAAUGUUGUUGCAUAACAGCAAAGGCCAUGACUUUUUUCCUGAAAACAAACGAACAGUCUGGUGUAUUCCUUUGCUCAGAGGCAUCCAAUGGGUUUGGGUUUUUUUUUUUAAAAUACAUCUCUGGGAUGAAGCUUAGCAUGAGACUCAUGCAUCUUUUGGGCUUAAUGGAAACCAAGUCCAAAGCUGUAACAUCUGGUUUUCUAGUAGCCCACAAUACAAUUUCAGUCACUUCUAUGCAAUCUGCAGCCAGUCUGGCUUAAGCAAACUCUUAUCUAAGCAAGUUUGCCAUGAAUGACUGAGAGAAGGCGAAGAUGUGUAUUGGUGGCCAAGAGAGAGGACAUGUCAAAUGGUAUCACAGGCUGAUGAAAACCGACAGAGCAAUUUGCUUUGCCUUAAUAGUAGGAACAUUUUGCCACUCUGUUUUGCACCUUUUACUUAAGGGGUAGCCUUCCAAAAGGCAUGGGAUACGUACUGAAAGCCAAAUGUUUCCAUUUGAAAACAAAUUAGCACGCAUUUUUCUGGAACAGCAGAAAGCCUUCACCCAGGGCUCUUGGUUGGAAACUCUGGCGUACGAAUAACCAUCAUCAACUUGACUGGGCAUCUUCAACUGGAAAAACUGGCUAAACUAUCUUACAAUUAGGGCUUUAGAAAUCUGAGAUUUUUUUUCCUUCAUCUAAAAAGGACUGCUUUCUUAACUGCCCCUUCUUCUUUUGGAAGAAAUUAUCUGAGGCAAAUGAAAGAACCACAGGAAAAAUUUUAAAGAAACUUUGUUCACUCCGAAACAGUAUUUGAAGCUGUAGAAAGUGUGCCUAAGAAUACAGUUACCUUAUCAAGAAAGACCAUACAACAGAGCUCAAGCAUAUAUGAAAAUGGACAUUUUUUUAAAAAAUGACACUGUUUGGUUUGAAUCUGUGUGUAUGAAAAGGACCUUUAACGGUGCAGCUUGGCUUCUCUCGUGGAAGAGAUGAAGCGUUAAUGCAGAACCACCAGCAACCCUGGCCUCAAUGGGAUGAAACGCAGCUUCUACUUAUUAUCCUUAAUGUGGCAUGGCAAACUCGGGUAGAAGUAGUUCAGCGCCUACUAAUAGUAGUGAUAUAGAUGUAUGUGGGUGCACGUGGAACUCCUGCUAGGUCUUAGCUAAUGGGAAACAGUACAGUACAAGCUACCUUCGGGCAGUGACUGAUAAACGCAGGAUCUGUCUGGAGUAUCUGUCAACCCCCCCCACCCCCCACACCAUGUUUCAUGCCGCCCCAGAGCAUACCCACAGAUACCACAUGCUGCAGCUCUCGUCUCCAACUUGCUAUCAAGCUGGUAAAGGCCUUUUUUUUUAAAAAAAAUGGAACAUAUUUAUACUCACCUAAACUGCUUUGCUGGAUGUGGCCAAAGGUAGGAAUACAAGGAGCAGUAAUUCAGAAUGCUACCAACAUCCAAAUAACUGUCAGUGUUGUAACCCACCCUUGGGACUAUUUCUGCAUUUUUUACACAUGUAGAAAGAAAAGCCUGCCUCUCGCAGGGCAGGUAAGUGUGUUUCUUUUAGGACGUAACAUCCCUCUAAGAAUUAAGGAAAUUCCUCAGCCCAUUUUGAGCCAUUUCUUUUUACAUCUAGUAUUAUGGGAAAAUGUGCAUGUAACUUUAUAAAUAUUAAAAAAAAAGUUUUGUAAAUAUUUAAUAUUCGCCUAAUUUGAUUUGGAAUUGUAAAUGUCAAGUAUUCUGGUAUUGGAAUUUUUAUGUUUUAUUAUACUUUGUUAAAGGUAAAAUUGUACAUUUUUAGGAUGUUUUUAUCCAAGUAAAAUUUAAUGUACUGAAAAAAGUAAUUAAAGACCAUAGUAGUGUCUUUUCA